UCGUGAGUGUACAGUCCGAUCGUUCACAGUUUCGCGGUGUCCGUCGUCAUCAUCGUCUCAUUCAGGACCAGCAGCAGGACAGCACGACCUCCGAUCGGUCGUGGUAUCAUUCGGCCGUACUUUCAGUGUUUGCGGUUGAGUGUAGUAGUACUGGUUCAUCGCAGUUGCUAAUUCGCAUCACUCCCGUUCCUCGAUCAACACACUUCAAUCGCUCAUUCAUCGACAUCGGCUCGCGUCGUCUCAUCGAAAUCGACACUCGAUAGAAAAAAAGAGUAGAGCAGCAGCAGCAGCAGCAGUACAAUUUCACACGCCCGUGCUGAAGAGGAAACACGAAACGAAGGUGAUCCACUUCCAGCGCAGGGUUCCCAGCUAAGCUAGAUUCAUGGGGUUUGAGUAGAACACGAAUUCCAACCUACGACUGACUGCGGAUUCUGAUUGGGGUGAGAACAUCCAGAUCACAUAAACACACAUACGGACUACGAAACAAUAGCUGCAGCUAGAGAUGAUUGUUCACUGGUCGUGUUGUGUAUUACUAAUACCAAUGGAUUUUAAAAUCGCAGAGUGCGUUUGACGUUAUCGGACUGCACAUAUCGGACAGUUAGUGCGGAGUGCUUGCGCACAUAUUUGCGCGAAUCGUUGACGUUGUCUUGUAAAGGUUACGUUCGAAUGACAAUCCGUCUGGAAUAGAAUAAUAGUUUUGCUUCAAUCACGCGCUUCUUCAAAAGAUCACAUCACCAUUAGCAGUAGUUGUUGGUUGCUAAUCUAUAGAAACCGAAACGCUGAGAUACGCUGCUCAGUGAGGGAUGCUCUCUGCGAUUCGAGAGCAUCGAGUUCAAUUCGGUGCCUGUUUUGGGGGGAGAUCAAAGCGAUUAUUGUGCAGUGUCUAGCAGCCGAAUCAGUCGAUAGUGAGUGAAUGCUCUGGCUGGUGGUUGCCCGGCUUUGUGAUAGUCUUGAGUUCCAAUCGACCUGAAGUCGCGAAUAGCUUCAAGUGCACGUACGUCGUCGGGCUGAAUAGUGUUCAACUAACGGAAAAAAGCCGUGUCAUCCUUGGCCCUAUGUACAUAAAUCCGUAAACUGCAGGGAUCGAGUUGUGCUGUACUCUCGCAGUCGCAUGCAUACAAACGAGCUAUUUACAUAAACAGUCAUUUGAACACGCCAUCGGGCCGGAUAAGUUUGCAACGCAGUGAUAAUGAUUCCACGCACAUAGUCGCCCUCUGGUUGCGAGACGGUGACGAAACCUGCUACGUUGUGUGCAGUUUGACUGCAUCUCUCCGUCGAUAGUUGAAUACACGAUUCGAUCAGAAGUGGUGCAUUUGGUGUGAAACAAAUUACAUCAAACCUUGCCAGGGGAAUCCAAUGCACCGUGCCCCGUUUGGCUACGCUUCACCGAUAAGUUCCGCGAGUGGGUAGGCCGCCGGUAGGAAGGUGAAGAAUUUCCGAGUGUUACAAAAAAGCGUGGAUAUUGUGGGCUGUGUCAAGUAAAAGUAAAUCCCGAGCGAUUGAUAGUAAAUUUAGUAAGCAACGCCAAGUUAAUCUGGAAACUAUCAGAUUGGGAUCCGCGUUGCGGUUCGUGGAAUGUGGCGUUUCCUAUACACCCCACCCAACACCCGCAGCUUUGUGUUCUACUCCGCGUGAAAACGCUACAGCGGAGAAGCUCAUGUUGAGAUUUUUUUAAUUAAAUAGGUUUGCUUUAUCAUUACCCAUCACCGAGCAUUGUAUUAUUUUGUACGUCGGUAGGCCAUUGGUGAUGAUUCGUUAAUAGUCGCACGCUUCGGAAAUUAUACUCGAGUGGCUUAGUAGUGUAUUUAUUAGUGGCAAUCAUUGUUCAGUGCAUUAGAUAAGAGAUUCAGUGGUGCCGGUUCACCGUACAAGAAAAAAAUUGUCGAAAAGAGCAGUAAAAUAUUGCUGCUAAAUAGAAAGUGUUUUUUAUUUUAUGGUUGUUUAGUGAUUUCCGGUCAUCUGUGAAGUGUGAAACGAAGUCAGGUUGUUCAGUUUGAAAGGAUUUCGAUUUUCGGUAGCCUCGUUGGAAUCAGCGUGCAGCUCCCCGAUUGGUGUCAGCUUGGUUUCUCAUCAACAAAACCGGUGUUUACCUCACCUCAAACGAGUUACAAACCCAACAAUCUGCAAAUAUUUCGGCUAUAGCUCGAUCCUACGGCGGAACUCAUUACGCGUACCAAUGGUGAGCUAACAAUUACUGUACAAGGUUUACAGACCACCAAACCUUACCGAACAAGAAGUGGGGCUGCUCGUUGACGCGUUUAGUUUCAACCUCCCUAACGACUCCCGAGCGCGACGUAGACAUCGAUAGGUCACUGGAAAGGGCUAUUAACUAUCGCCGGCUGGCAAGCUUUCGAGGGCUCAGCGAACCGACCUCGGGUGAUUGCGAACCUUAGACCAGAGCUAUGUUAAAUUGUACCGAUCUUGCCUGUGUGCUGCACCAUCAUCACUUCUACGCGCAUCUACAUCACCUGAAGCAUCAUCUGCAAGAUGACCACGACCAUCAUGGGCACGGUCAUCACGAGGCUCACGAUCAUCAUGACUCAGCUGUUGGAGAGGGGAGUGACGUAGACAAUAACAACAUACAGGAUUUACUAAACGAUACCGAUUCAGAACUUUCCUCCCUAUCGCAUGUUGAUGCUCCGAACGAUGUCCUGUAUAUGGUUUGCGGAGUCGUCAUUGCCAUGCUCCUCGUGGGCCUCAUCAUAGUUUUAGUAGCAGUCACAAUCAGCAAAUUGAGAAAACGCGAAGAAUCCAGCGUUAGUCCAGUGACGGCGACAAACGUGGAGGCUCCACCGUCGCAUCUUCACCACAACAACAGUAGCAGUUAUAACAAUAACAACAACAAUAACAGCAACAACCAUCACCAUAAUCAUCAUAGCAGUAGUAACCACAGCAGCCAACAGCAUCAGCUAGAGAAUGGAUACUCGGUGCCAACGCCGGUGGCCUUCCGACAGAGCCCGUCAAGUGUGUGGGUGUUUCCACCGUUGCCACCGCAGCCCAAUCUCUACAACUACAACGCCAAUAGUCAAGACGCGUUAGUGCAGAACGAGAAAGGCCUAAAGGGACUGAAGCGACAGCUUUCCGGCCGUUUCAAGCGGUUGGUAUCGCGAAAAUCGCACGAACCAGCCCCGGUGAUACCACCCGAACUGAAGCCCCAGCUGAAGACCAUCUACGUUUAUUAAUAAUAAUAAUAAUAAUAAUUUUAAUGAUAGUGACGAUAAUAACUAGGCGUAAUUGUGCUACAAAAUCGAUAAUCGUUAAUACUAUUGAUUAGUGUUCAGUCGAUUUAUGUUUGUCUGUUGCCUGACAGCGCAGAUCGCGGUGCGUUAGGAGAAUUUUAUUUUUUUAUUUGUUUGUUUUAUGUCCUGAGCUUUUUUUCGUUCAAGUAAACAGUGUUUAGACCAUACGUCAAACGUGGAAAACAAAAAUUAAAAUUGAUAUUAAAAGUUUUAGAAAUUCAGUUUUUUUAUGAUUUCCAAAAAUCAAUUGCCCAGAUAAGCAAAUUUUUCGAAAUUAAGUUAUAUAGUAAUAGAUUGAUAUUUAUCGCCAUUCCAGUUCGUGAUAUGACGUGUAUUCAGAUGAUGUACUAGUUGAAUCCUUGAAUUUUGAAAAAUCUGCUCACUGAGCACGAAAUGCAUUGUAAAAUCGAGUCCAAGCAGAAGAAGUAAUUAUUAUUAUUAGUAAAUCUAGAAGAAGACUGACACACAGAUCAACCUUUCUUAAGGCAAGCUGUAGGAAGCAAGGAUGAAAGUUCAUUUACACCUUAAACUAGGUAACUGAGAGUAGUGGAGAGGUUUCUUCUUUCUAUGUAGUUGCGAACGGUCAGUGGCCUUCAGUGGUUGGAAACCGUGCCUAACAUGUUCUUUCUCUCAGCGCUGUUUGUUUUCUGUUCAGUUUCAAGUAUUUUCAGAUUAUUUCUAGAAUCUAGAACCAAGCAGUUUUAACUUAAUACCUACUUUAAAAUUUACAACAAAAAAAAACUCAAUAAGAACAAAAUAAACUGAGGAAAAAAAAGAACAAAAAGCAAUACAAAAACAUUUACAAAAAGAAUGCUAGAAUAGUCAACGGCGGUAGCCCGUGUUGAAAGAGCUUAAUCAUUUCUGUUAUAAGUAGAAAGAAGGAGGAGAUAUUUAUUCGUAGAUACAAUCAGCGCCCCCUCCCCUCUUAAGUGCUAGGCAGCUUAAUAUAGAUUCCGUUGAACAAACUGCAUUACGCUAUAGUUGAAUAAAUUGCAAAAACAGAACAGCAGUAGGUGGAGAAAUAAUCCAGUGGUGCCAGCCGGUAUAGCAGAAGCUUAUUAGAAAACGCACAACGUUGAUGAACUCGACAUCAAACUUAUCGAUCACAAAUAUCACGUUCAGAGAGACUCAUAAACUUUGCGGAUAAGUCGAACAAAUCAGCCAAAACGCGAAAGUCAAUUGUGUUACUAUGUAGAGAUGAGGACAGGGCUAGUAGAAAAAAGAACCGACAUAAGUAAAUCGACACAGAGAAAAGAUAGGCAGUAGGAGGGAAGUUCACUCACAUUGAGUGCCGAAUGCACAAAUACAUACACGCAGGCACGUGCGCACGGAUAGCUGCAGUCGGUGCUGCAGAGAUAGCUGACCGCCGAACGGUUGGGUGUAUUUGUGUGACCAACAAAAGUGUAUGAAACUUGUAAUUUAAAUAAAUGCGAUGAAUUGAAAAAAAUCGAACAGAA